CUUUACACAUCUGCUGUUAAAUAUAAAGAUUUCACAUCCUGUUUCUUUAGCUGACAUGAUUUAUUUAUACUUUGUUGUUGUUGUAUGGUUUGUGUGAUAUUGCGGUCGGCAGGAUCUGCGGGUGUCACUUUGUAUACAAACAUUAAGCCACACAGUCUGCAGUUUAAGGAGUCCUGGCGCUCUGGGCUUUGGUCACCCACAUCAUGUACAUUCAGGACUACUGGCGCACAUGGCUGAAGGGACUCAAGUUCUUCAUGUUUGUCAGCUCGGUCUUCUCCCUCUUAGCUGUCGCUGCUUUCGCCACUUUCAUAACUUUAUCGGUUAUAGAAAAGCAGUCAUUAUCUGACCCUAAGAGCUUCUACCUGUCAGCCGUGUGGAGUUUCAUGACUCUGAAAUGGGCUUUUCUGCUGGGCCUGUACUCCUACCGCUACCGCCAGGAGUUUGCUGACAUCAGCAUCCUCAGUGACUUUUGAUUGGCUCCUUCAGCUCUAAUGGAUUUGUAGUUGCCAGUCGGUGGCUUCACCUGCCAACAUGAAGAAGAUGGAAGGAUGGAUGGAUGGUUUUCCUUUUUUAAAUACCGUCUUAACGGCCUCUUUCUUUCACAGAAAAGACUCAAAUCUCAUCCCCUCCUUCCCUCAGAUUCAGGCCCUGUAGUAGGAAGUCAGUGAACAUCAGCCUCUUUUCUUGUCAAUUUGAGUUGAUAAGGGGUUUUCUACUGAUGCUGGAUGAAGGUAUGUUAGUGUUUGAUUGUAAGUGGAUACACUAAUAUAUGGUCACAGGAUGUUGUUACUUUACUCAGGGCAACUUCUUUCCAAAAUGUCAGAUGUGAAAUGAAGGCUCUCCUUCACUGUCAACAAAAGAAAAAUGUGCAAAAACUGUAUUUUUUGGAAACAGCGUCUCGUUGGACCAGUUCUCUGUAAAUGUCGCUUUUGAUGGGUGGAUAUUAGUCCCUCAGAGCAGUGGAGCGACUUUGGUUGACGGCUGGACCAUACAAUCAAUUCAGACACAGCAUUGGUAUUUGUAGGAAAUAAUAUACAGUUUAAGUCAGAAUUAUUAGCCCCCCCCCUCCCCCCCCCCAAUUUUUUUUCAUUUUUUAAA